AUGCUAUACGAUGAUCAACACACCAGAUUUCAUCCUUUAGAAGGUGGAUGUCCUCCGCCACACCACCAAAUCCAACAAUUCUUGGCACCAUCACCUCCCCGACCCCAUCCUCCACCUUGAUCACCACCACCACCACCUCCUCCACCACCACCGCCGCUUCCUCUCCCUCCUCCCCAUCCAUAACCUUCUCCCUUUCCACCACCACUACUUCCUCCUCCCUUACCACCACCUCCCCCUUCGCUCCCGCCACCGCCACCACCACCACCACCACCGCUGCCUCCUCCACUCCCACCACCACCUCCGCCGCCUCCUCCUCUUCCCCCUCUACGUCCAUGACCUUCCCCUUUUCCACUUCCUCCUCCUCCUCCACCACCACCACUUCCUCCCCCGCUCCCACCACCACAACUUCCUCCACUCCCACUCCCACUCCCACUCCCACCACCACCUCUGCUGCCGCCUCCUCUCCCUCCUCCUCGUCCAUGAUUUUCACCCUUUCCACUGCAUCCUCCACCACCAUCAUUUCCUCCUCCUGUCCCUCCUCCACUACCAUCACCACAACUUCCGGCUCCACUCCCACCACCACCACCGCCGCCUCCUCCUCUCCCUCCUCCUCGUCCAUGACCUCCCCCCUUUCCACGUCCUCCUCCACCACCACCACCGCCGCCUCCUCCACUACCACCACCACAACUUCCGCCUCCACUCCCACCAUCACCGCCUCCUCCUCUCCCUCCUCGUCCAUGACCUUCCCCCUUUCCACUUCCACCUCCUCCUCCCCUACCACCACCAUUUCCUCUUCCGCUCCCACCACCACAACUUCCUCCUCCACUCCCACCACCGCCGCCUCCUCCUCGUCCAUGACCUCCUUCAUCACCGCCGCCUCCUCCUUUCCCUCCUCCACUACCACCGCCACAACUUCCGCCUCCACUCCCACCACCACCACCAGCACCACCGCCUCCUCCUCUCCCUCCUCGUCCAUGACCUUCCCCCUUUCCACUUCCACUUCCACCUCCUCCUCCCCCACUACCACCACUUCCUCUUCCGCUCCCACCACCACAACUUCCUCCUCCACUCCCACCACCGCCGCCUCCUCCUCGUCCAUGACCUCCUUCACCACCGCUGCCUCCUCCUCGUCCAUGACCUCCUUCACCACUGCCGCCUCCUUUCCCUCCUCCACUACCACCACCACUACAACUUUUGCCUCCACCCCCACCACCACCGCCGCCUCCUCCCCGUUCAUGACCUUCCCCCUUUCCACUUCCACCUCCUCCUCCUCCUCCACCACCACCACUUCCUCUUCCGCUCCCUCCACCACAACUUCCUCUUCCACUCCCACCACCACCGCCACCGCCGCCUCCUCUGGCUCCCCCUCCCCCUCGUCCACGACCUCCUCCACCUCCACCUCCUCCGCCACCACUACCAUCGCUGCCGCCUCCUUCCCUUCCAUGACCCUUCCCUUUUCCAUUUCUUCCUCUUGCUCCACCAUCGCCGCCUCCAGCAACUCCACUACCACCACCAUUAUGGUUUCUAUUAUUUACACCAUCACUCCCAUUCCUACUCCCACCACCACCAUCACCAUCUCCAAUACUAGCCCCUUCGUUGUAUAUUUCCAUUUUGCUUUCAAUCUCCAACGAGGUUGUGUUCUUUCCAUGCACAUAUAAUUCCUUCAAAACUUUACGAUUAUAA